CACAGAGGGAGUAGACGCAGGACGUAAAGCUUGACAUCAUUUCUCCGAAGUAGGCUCCUGUGUGUUAGUCAGCAACACUCGAGCUGAGAACAAGGAAUGAAGAGCUUUGGCAGCAGUGGGUGCUACUUUAGGAUAAAUGCAGAACGAAAUAUGAGCAGAGACGCUUACAGCUGUACAGACAGGAAGUGAAAUUGCUUUCCUAGGACUCAUUCCUUCACUGAACUGAAACAACAAACAACAUGUCUAUCUCUUUUUAGCAUGUUCCACUGUGAGGCCUUGUACUUUGGCUUUGCAAAAUCAUGACAGGAUGGACAGAUAGAACAAGGCCAUAAUGGACAAUCCUGGAUUGAAAAUCCUGUCAUUUUCCACCUCAGAGGCCAUUUUAUUUUGUAAAGCGCACUCCUCAUAGACCAUAAAACCCACAAUCCAUUUGGCAGGAACAAGCCAAGCUAGAAUUGAAUUCCUGUUACUGCCGUGGUUCCUUUAAAUCUCUGGAAAAUCCACCCCAAGGUUUAGUCUGCCUUCACCAUGAUGUUGAGAAGAAAACUGUACUUAGGCGCUUUGCUAGGUGCUAUUUUGUUUUUAAUGAUAGCUGCUCACACCAUUCAGAAGGCCAGUGUUGUGCCCAUCACAGAUUUACCCACUCAUCACGAUUUCAGGAUGCCAGUGAAGAACCAGACACAGUUACAGACGGUUGUCACAGAGCCAAGACGAGGUCAUUCCUGUAGCUGUCCAUCCUGUAUAGCAGACAAGGGUGUGUCGGAGUGGUUUGACCAACACUAUGAUCAUAAACAGCAACCUUACCUCACUGGCAGGGAUGAUGACAUAGAUCCACUUUCUCUGAAGUGGUGGCUGUCUUUGCAGGCAUCUGAUGGAAUGAUCAAGGACAUCACCCAGAAGAUGUUUAAGAUAAUUUCCCCUCCAAUUGAGAAUGAAAUGUCACAGCAGAACCAGUGCCGGAAGUGUGCAGUUGUUGGAAACUCGGGGAAUCUGUUGAAGUCCAAAUAUGGAGCCUUGAUAGAUUCCCACUCAGCUGUUAUUAGAAUGAAUAAGGCCGUAACUGUGGGAUUUGAAGAAGAUGUUGGUAACCGAACCACCCACCACUUCAUGUACCCAGAGAGUGCGAUCGAUUUGAGACCUGGUGUCCAUCUCGUCCUUCUUCCCUUCAAACUGAAAGACAUGCAGUGGUUGUCCAGCGCCCUUUCCACAGGAGAAAUCAAAAUGACGUACAUGAGAGUGAAAAAUCGUGUAGAAGCUGACAAAGACAAGGUGAUAGUAGUAAAUCCAGCCUUCUUUAAGUACACACAUGACAAAUGGACAGAGCGUCAUGGAAGGUACCCUUCCACCGGAAUAAUAGCCAUUAUAUUUGCUCUGCAUCUCUGUGAUGAGGUGUCAGUGUUUGGAUAUGGGGCAGACAAGCAAGGAAACUGGCACCACUACUGGGAGUACAACAGAUACGCCGGCGCUUUUCGAAAGACGGGCGUCCACAAUGCAGAUUUCGAGACUGAGAUCAUUCAGAGGCUCAACAAAGAGGGCAAAAUCAAACUAUACAGAUGAGCCUGUAAUUGUGGCCUUCACUGACUCAGUACUGCUCAAGCCAGGACGUGCAGCAGCUGUAUGGAAGCCAAAGAGACGCAGAUCUGUGAUCCACCCUACCAUUAAUUGACCACUGUGAACUGCACUGAACCAAACCCACAGACAUCAAGCUGUAGUCCUAAGACCAAAUGAACUUAUCCUGUUCUUUCACUUGCUUUGUGCCUGAAGAAAAGAUGGAUGAUUGCCUUCCUUCCAGGCAUUGAAACUUUGAAGAUGACAAACAGUAAGCAAAACGGCUUGAUCUGAGCCUCAUUAUAUAUUUCUUUUACUGCAACUGCUCUGACUAGCCUCACACAGUGUCUGUACUGCAAAUGUGCAAAACUAGUUUCAUGUAUAGUCAACAAAGCUGUCCACACUGCAAGAAAGAUGUUGAUCAUCAGCAGUUUUCAGGGCAUCAAAGCCUUAAAGUCUACAUGAAGCAGAAUUCGCAACCCAGCAACAGAAUAUUAAGUGAGAGGGGGCGGGGCUUGAUUUGAUCUAUUGGUAAUUGAUUGGAUCUUGAAAAGUGGGUGUUAAAUACCAGAUUGGACCAUCUGAUGUUUUGAUUGGAGCGUUUUACAUCAGCCGAAAAGGAAAUGCGUUUCGGAGGCCAAGCAAGUUGUUAAAUUUUGAUGAAAGCUUAUGAAAACAGACAGUUUUCUUUGAAAUAGCAUGUAAUGAAAAAUCAUAGGGGUUCAAACUAUAUUGGACCCCAUUGACUUUCAUUUCGUGGACAAAAAAAAGUCAAACACUAGUCAACAUUUGAAGUAGAUCAAAAUCUUUCAUCAAAGUUGUCCUAAAAGCUAAAACCAAAAUGCGUUCUUGUCUUAGGACAACUUCAGAUGCUGACUACUGUAUUUUAAAUAUAUUUUUUAAAUCAUGCAGGUUUGGGACGAAAUGAGGGUGAGAAACUGAUGACACUAAUUUUAUUUUUGGGUGAAGUGAAGUACAUAAGUUCAGUUUAAAUUUCAUGUUGACUUUUAACUUCAACCUGCAGUGCAUUAGAGCUUUUUAGAUGACAAGGUUGGGGAUUAUAAUGUUUCAAAAUGUCAAAUAAGCAAUACACACAUUUUUAAAUGUCAGAAACGAGUUUGAAUAGUGUAUGAUGACAUACACAAAUGUUGUUUUAGAUCUCACCUCAGACAAUUACAGAGAUGCACUGACAUCGUUCAAGCCACCACACAUUUCUUUUUAAAGGGUUUUUUCACCUUAAAGUUCUGUUGUUAUUUAACCAUACUGAAAUCAGCUAAAUAUAGCCAAACCACAUGCUGGAAGAUGUAUUUGUCCCAUGGAGCUGUGAAAACACAUUCUAGAUUGUAGUUGAGAUUGUGUUGUUUGCGUUGUUGUGUGUUACGUGUUUAAUAUCAUUAUAUACCUUUAGACCAAAGCCGUCCCUAGAGUGUUCUCAGUGGCACUCAUACAAUAACCUGCCUUGUGAUUUACAGCACAUGCUGUAUUUUCAUACAUCUUUCAUUCAUUAUCUCUGUUUUUUUCCUGAAUUACAGUUGAUCUCUGUAUUUUUACAGUUGAAAUUACUAGUGGUAUAUAUUCUGUGGUCUUUUUUCCCUUUUCUAGUUUGCAUUAUUGUGAACUGUUUUGGACUGUGACAAGGUUGAAACUUGAGCUGUAAUUUCAUUGUUUGUUGCCAAGUGUUUUCAAGAUGUGUUUUUUUUUUUUUCCCUGUAACUUUUGUUCCGAAAUGUAUUUUAGCUUUGGAUACUUUGCUUCAUGUCAAUCAGUGGCUUUAUCAGUUUACAGAGUUUGCAUGGAGAACAGUCACAGAUAUCCUGAACAUGCGAAUCAAUAAAUCAUCAUUGGAGAAUUAUCGUUUAGACAAAAUUCAAAAACAAACUGACAUGAAAGUGUGUUUUAACAAUCUAUUUAGAAACAGAACCAAAGCAUAAACAUUAAAAAAUGAAUUGAAUUCAAAAGUCACAGUUUAAGGGCAUCCAGGACAGUACUAAAAAUAAAAAAUAUUUGAUAUUGUUGCAUAAAUAAAAAGAUACAGAAAAACAUACAAGCCUAUUUUUUAAUGAGAUACACAAUACAUAAAUAUCUCACAAUACCCUAGUUUUCCAUUCAGGUUCUUCAACAAAUAAAAAGCAGAGCUAAAACCACAAGUUCAACUUUUAAUACAUGACGGUGUAUAUAUAUAUAUAUAUAUAUAUAUAUAUGUAUAUAUAUAUAAGUUCCUCUAAUGCAAGUAGAGAAACCGCUAACCAAUUAUAAUUGAAUAUUUUUUCCACCUCCCUACUGGUGGAAUUAUUUAGGAGGAGUCCAAGAUAUUGAGCAGUAACGUCAAAAAAACUGUGGCCAAAUUAGUUUUUAUGGUUUUGUUUACUUGUCAUAUUCUCAAACCGCAGAUUUAGUAUUCCCUGGGUGUGACAUGGUUAGCAAAAAUGUCUUCUGCCACAAGUAGUUCUCUACUCUCGAAGCACUUUAAGGAGUUAGUCUAUGUUCAAAGACUGUCCAGCUGAUUGUGAUGGUUUGAUCGCAUGGAUGUAGUGGCCAAAUUGCGUGGUGUGUGCACAUCUUUGUAAGCUUCUAUGUUCAUGAUGUUGUGUGUGAACCUGUGAUUAAUCUGUGGUCUGUUUUCAAUAAACCACUUAACCAUUUCUUCAGUGAUUUUUCGUCUGAAAUUACGGAAAUAAUUGAACAAUAAAUUCCAAAACAAAAAAGUUUAUCAAAGAAUUGUUUUAGGACCGUUAAAGUUUUAUUACAACUUAUAUAAAUUUAAUUUUGUGUUUAUUUUUAAAGCACUUUUCUUCCCAAAUUAUUGCUAUAAUGUGAAAAAAUCUUAUUCUGAUUACUUUAAUGCAAAAAAUAUGAAGUUUUAUAGUAUUUAUACUUGUAUAGCAGUGUUAUGGUAUUUUCCCUGCUUUUACAUUAAAAAAAUACUGUUUACAGUAUUUAAUACAGUAAUGGAAAUAAGAAUUCAAAAUUAGAAUAGAAUUUUUGAAAAAACUAAGAAUUUGGGGGUGCUUAAAAAAGUCACAAAGCAAACAUUCUUGGUAUAUUAAAAAAAAUACUUUUUUUUUUCUUUACAAUGUAGGCGAAAUAUGACCUGGAUGUGUUUUCAAUCCCUGUCGCAGAAGAUUGUGCUUUAAAGCUGUUAACACAAUCUCUGCAUUACAUUUUCGUAAUACAAACCUAUGAUCUGACAUUUAUGAUUCCUCACAUUUGAGUACAGUUCAAUGUAACAUGCAUUUCAUGCUGUGCGUUCUUUUGAAGCAUUUUUAGGAGAGUACAUGAUGGUAGAUUUUGGUAGAGGCUGGUCUGUGGAUGGAUCAGAGGGCAUGCUUCUCAUAUGUGAGGGGCCUGAACAACUGCAAACUAUGAGAAGUUCUGCUCACAGCACAACAUGUUCCACAUAUCCCAUCUCUCUUGGCGCUGCAGACGGGCCUGUGAGUGCUGCUUUGUUAUGCUGAUUCUUCAUUACCGAUGGUUCUGUGGGUAGACUUCAAGCCCCUCAUUUCCCAGGGUGCUUUGGCAGUAGAGUCGAACGUGCUAUGAUUUCAGCUCCGUUGGCCGGCUUCAUUCAGCGAGCAUAGAGACAAACGAUGCUGGAAAUAAGCCCGUUCUGUCUGGCUGUCCCUCGAUGUAGCCGUGCUGAAAGGGAGAUAUUACUGGCUCUGGUUAAAGUCAUCAAAAGGAACGAUGAUACAUUCAAUUAAAUAAAGGGGCGGAAAUAAUAAAGGAAGUCAUGUUAUGAACAAGAGCUGUGCGUCCUUAAUAGGAAAAGACAAUGAUGCGAACACAAACAAUGUGGGACGUGUGAGGAUGUUUAAAAUAAGAUGCGAAUCAGGAUCCAUUUCACUUGAAAAACUCUUUCCUGCAUGCCAAGUUUUUCUCUGUGAAUCUACAUUUUUAUUCUUUUGAUGGGCCAUCCAGAGGCUAUUUUUCCUGUAGAAGAAUCUGCAGGAUAUUAGACAAGCCCACUGGAGACGUAUGGGCGGCUCUCUGACUCAGAUAUGGAGGCAGAGCAGAAUAAAACAUGGACCCUGAGAGUUUUGCACUGAUCAGUUCCAUCUGCUCCCAUGGGAUCAUACGAUUCAUCUGCACACACAGCAUGAGUCUGUCGAAGGCUAACAAGAACCCUGCAGCUUCCUCAUCUAAACCAUCUUUAACCAUAACAAGGAAUUUGAGUCAGUUAUGCCAACAGUACUUCAAAGAGCCAAAAACUAUUGAAACUAAAGCGUGAAAUAAAAAAAAUGUACUAUAUUUAGUGGCAUGUCAAACAAGGAAGCACAUUAGAAUAAGCAUUGUUAUGCCAUGGAUUCCCUCAGGAUUUUCCCUUAUUAUUUUUUAAAUAAUGAUUUUGAAUUUAAGAGUACAAAAUAGUAAACCGAUAUUUAGAUACAUAACCAAUAGCAUAACUUAAAAAGUCACUCAAGUGAAUUUUGAAUCCCCUGUAUAAACAAAAACCUAAAACAUAGAUUGUUACAUUCUUAUCAGUGUUGUUAUUGCGAACCAAAACAUAAAAUGUUUAUCUUUUUCAGUAAUUGAAAUAAAGCUUAUAAAAAAGUAAAUAAUUAAAAUAUAAAUAUAAAAUAAAAAUAAAUGAAAGCUAUAUAGGUAUAAAUAUUUAAACACAAUCUAAUAAAAAUGACAAAAGUAGAUAAAAUGACUAACAAUUAAGCUAAAAUGAAAAUGAAAAUAUAAAUAAAUACUAUAGUAUUACAUAAUGCUAAAAUAACACUGAUUCUUCUGUAGCAAUUUGUUAGCAACUUACAUUUAAAAAGCACAGAACGGUUUUAAAAACUCUGAGGUAUGACAAUGUAAUUUGUGGACCACAAAACCAGUCUUAAGUGUCAAUUUUUCGAAAUUGAGAUUUAUACAUAAUCUGAAAGCUUUCCAUUGAUGUAUGGUUUGUUAGGAUCGGACAAUAUUUGGCCGAGAUACAACUAUUUGAAAAUCUGGAAUCUGAGGGUGCAAAAAAAAUCUUAUUGAGAAAUAUUGAGAAAAUCGCCUUUAAAGUUGUCCAAAUUAAGUUCUUAGCCAUGCAUAUUACUAAUCAAAAAUGUUUUGAUAUAUUUACGGUAAGAAAUUUACUAAAUAUCUUCAUGGAACAUGAUCUUUACUUAAUAUCCUAAUGAUUUCUGGCAUAAAAGAGAAAUUGAUAAUUUUGACCCAUACAAUGUAUUUUUGGCUAUUGCUACAAAUAUACCCCAGCGACUUAAGACUGCUUUUGUGGUCCAGGGUCACAUUUAUGUUCAAAAUGGUAAAGUUUCUAAUAAUAAUUUUACCAGCACAGCUUUUUUUCCCUUAUACAUCAAAUACUAAUAAUAUAUCAGACAUUCCCAAAGGGACCCAUGGCAAAUUAGCUGUUCAGCUUGGCCUUAAAACUAAUGUCAUGACGUAACAAUUCUACUUUUACAUGGCUCUCUGGAAUGCUUGAAACUGAUUGGUCAAUCUCAUCAUUCUGCUAAUUUUUUCAUAUAAUGUCUACUAAAUUGUACAACUGACCGUCAUGUCUCUCAAUCUCUCUUUAAAAUGUAUCUCAAACUAACUGUUCUUUCAUUCUUAU